GAGCCGGACAGCACUGAGCGCGCGCGCUGUUUUCCCAGCUUCAUCAGACGAGUAAAAAGUGACGCAACGCGUGAACAAAAAUAGGAACCGAGCCGAAGCGCGCGGCCGACAGAAUAACUGAGCGGGCGGUGGUUGGAUGGGGGGGAGUGGGGGUGUCACAAAGACCCUUGUCCCGCAUCAGCUGCGGUUUCUAAGCAGCGUGUUUGAUUUUGGACCGAUCAGGAGUGAAAAGGGUGAAAAGAAUCUGUCCGGUUCUCUGGACCUCAGAUUUGCUGCAAUGAUCUGACUGAAGAUCUGUGCUCAAACUUCAAACGGCUAUGGACAUAAAUAAACUAAAAAUGUUGUUUAAAAAACUUUGAACUUCCAUCAGUGACUGAAAAACGUUCAUUUGUGAUGUUGGUUACCAGAAACAGACGCUAGUUUUAAGGAAAAACGACAUGAACGUUGUAGAAAAAGACAGUUAGAAAUGUAAAAAGAUGUGAAAUAAUAUGCAGAUGAUGUCGAUCUCUCCAGUUUAGGCAGAAAAGCUUUGUUCUCUUCCAGCCGCUGCCUUCAGGGGGCGUCACAGAGCAUCACCCCAUUUGCCUGCAGAGACUUUGGCUUUUCUGACCCAACCCACACUUAGGCUCCAACUCUUCCCGGCUUGGGACAAGCACAUGGAAAAUAACCUCUGCAUAAAAAAUAAAAAUGAGAAUCACACGCUGACCUGGCAAAAAGGAAACCUAAAUCAUGUUAAAAAUCCAAAUUAAACGCUGGAUUAUGAAACAGCUAAGAAAGUCUGAAGACAAACACAAAACCGGAACCGAAUAAUGAAGCUUUGAUGCUGAACGACGAGAAAAACUGAGACUAAAAACCGAAACAACAAACUCAGAAACGGAUCCUCGGUGGGAAAACGUUGCAGAAACACAAAGAAUUUUCUCCUCAAAACAAUCAGAACAUUUUGAUCUUAAAGAACAAAAAACUGAUCUUGUUCAUGAACAUCCUGAGCGCCCCCCACCCCCUCACCAUAAGGUGGUGCGUUCAGGCUACAUGGGAAACUCCAAACCACAACACAUUUUUGUUACUUGGUGCAGAAAAAUGUAAGGAUUCUUGUAAAAACGUAUUAUUUGUUUUUAAUCGUUUGUUUUGACAUUUGUUGUUUGGUUUGCAUUGUGAUCAUUUUAUUUAUGAAGAACCACAAACGGAACAUCAAGAAUGAAAUCAAAGAUGGCGUUUGGUUUGGUUUGUGGAAAAAAUGUUUGUCCUUUUCUUUCAUUAAUGUUUAUAAACGUCAGACUUAAUUAUCAGAAAUUAAAAACUAAAAAAAAAAGAAAGAACUUUUUGGUUUUUACAAAAACCGGAUAAACAAACGAAACCGUCUUGAACGCUGCUCUAGAAGACCGUGAAUGCACCCUCGGCGCCCAUUGGUCAAUCUCCGUGUCAAUCAGAGCGCGCGCUCCUCCCACACGCUGACGUCCUCUCUCCAAAGUAAGCAGACCAGUCCGUCACGCACACAAAGACAACAAAAGCCGCACUGGUAAAAAUGAUGCCUGCCAGCUCCCGCAGGACCCGCAGGAAGUUCUGACGCGGUGGGAUCACGCGCGGAGCAGCGCGUGCGACGACGACAACCAUUCAUUUCCCUGACCGCAUCACAACAACAACAACAACAAACGUCCCGCUGUCCGUCCGUCAGCACGCGCGUCCCGCCGAGCCGCGGUUCUCCGAGCCUGCUGGCUUGAUUUUCUCCUGUGGCGUCUGUGUGGAGCGUCCCACACACCCACUCCACAACAACGACGGCUUUUGCCUGCAUCUUCCAGUGUUUCUUCUGUCAGCAAGUCCAGCAGAGCUGCAACUCUUCCAGUGCCAGCCCUGACGCCUGCGAGGAGCCCCGCCCCACUGACAUGGUAAAGAUGACCAAGUCCAAGACCUUCCAGGCGUACCUGCCGUCCUGCCACCGCACCUACAGCUGCAUCCACUGCCGGGCGCACCUGGCCAACCACGACGAGCUCAUCUCAAAGUCGUUCCAAGGCAGCCAAGGUCGAGCUUACCUGUUCAACUCUGUGGUGAAUGUGGGCUGCGGUCCGGCGGAGGAGCGGGUUCUCCUCACAGGUCUGCACGCCGUGGCUGACAUCUACUGUGAAAACUGUAAAACCACGCUGGGCUGGAAAUACGAGCACGCCUUUGAGAGCAGUCAGAAGUACAAGGAGGGGAAGUUCAUCAUCGAGCUGGCUCACAUGAUCAAGGACAACGGCUGGGAGUGACGCCCACUUCCAGUUUGUGGAACUGUACACCCCCACCCACACUUUCCAGGUUCAUGAUGAGGACAGCCAUGAACCUGCACACCCCCCUCCUUCACGUGCACACCCCUACGUUCUCAUGGUGGAGACGGUCAGAGCGUUUGAGAGGGGAGCCCAGCAGCUGAGGAGCACUCUGACACCCCCCCCGACCAUCUGAGUGUGGGGGGGGGGGGGGGUUUAGAGCUUUCUGCUGGUGUUUGGGGGUGUGGUCUCAGAUGUUACUGGUUAAGCUUCUCUCUGCUAACCAGUGAUGGGGGGGUUGAGAGGGGGGGUCUAUUGUAAUGUAGCAGAAAUGUUUUCAUUUAUUAGGGGUGGGGUCGAUGAGUUUUGGGGGUUUUAUCUUCCUUUGGUUCCUUUCUGCACCAAUACUCAUCGUUUGAAAGAGAUGGCUUUAUACAGACAUAUAUACAUAAAUACACACACACAUAUAUAUAUAUAUAUAUAGAUAUCUAUGGAUAUAAAUAUACAUAUAGAAGUAUUUGUAGUGUUUUGCUGAUUGCGAUUGUGGCUGGCCCCAUUUUGCAGAAGCACCAGAGGAGAACAUCCGUGUCCACAUGAACAUGAUGAUGACAUCAUCACAUCCAUGACGUGGGGACCUUUGCCGUCGUGCACAUGCGUGUACAUGCAUCUGGGGUGUGUGCAUACUUGAACGACUGCUUUGUUUGCACUUUGAGGAGGCCUGCGGUCCAUCUGGGUUUGAGGGGAGGGGCUUGUGCAGGAGGGGUCACUGUUUUUUGGGUGGGGGGAGCAGGUUGGGUUUUUUUUGGCGGUCUGUUGGAAACCUCUAAGCCAAAUGGAUCCAGUGCCUCUUCAAAACACAAAUGCCCCCCACCCCACCCCCGUUUCUUGUGGGUUGUUGUGCAGCGCAUAACUACAGUUGUGUCUCCCCUCCCCCUUUAAAGCUCCGCCCCCUGAGGGUUAUAUUUUCUACUGGAGGUCAAAUGUAUUUAAAGGGAUUGAACUGUGACCGCAGGUGAGGGUGGGCGGGGCUGCAGUGAUUGAUUACUUUGCCGGCGAGGUCAGUCACGUCACACGACCUUUUUUGGUUAAACAAAGACAAUGCAAACCCUUCUUAGCUACUUGAAGACGUGCGUACGGCGGCGGCAGAGGCGCCUCGCCGCCUCCGUCACACAUUUAAGGUUUUAUACAGAUUUCUACGGCUUACGUUUGUUUCCCAAGUAGAAGCACUUUUGUUCACUGUAGCUCCGUGCGUGUGCACGUGUGUGUGCACGUGUGUGUGUGAGCGCUCACAGUGAAUGUUUCCUCCCGCGUUCCUCCGUGGCGGUUUUCGGCUCUGAAUCCUUCGCGCUCCUUUUGGUUUGUUAGCUUCCGGAGCGUGUGUGCGGGGGGGGGGGGCGGUCCGGGGUCGGUGCCCGGGGCCGGUGCCCGGGGCCCUGCUGAUCUUUGUAGACUUUCAGGGCGAGCUGGUAUCUCCCAUCAUGUUGCAGGGGGGGCUUUCACCCCCGCAGGGUGGGGGUGACGCGGCCGCGGUGAAGGUCCACUGUAUCUGACCACACCGGCAGUCCAUGUCUGAUUGUAUCUCCAAACAUGCAUGCCGGAUUUCACCCAAACAACCAUGAUUGUAGAGUUUGCCUUCUGAUACCCCCAUCCCCCAAAAAGAGUCAGACCAGCCUAGGGAGCCUCACCAGGCUGCAGGGGCCCUCACCAGGCUGCAGGGGCCUUCACCUGGCUGCAGGGGCCCUUAGCAGGCUGCAGGGGCCCUCAGCAGGAUGCAGGGGCCUUCACCUGGCUGCAGGGGCCUUCACCUGGCUGCAGGGGCCCUCAGGAGGCUGCAGGGGCCCUCACCUGGCUGCAGGGGCCCUCACCAGGCUGCAGGGGCCUUCACCUGGCUGCAGGGGCCCUUAGCAGGCUGCAGGGGCCUUCACCUGGCUGCAGGGGCCUUCACCUGGCUGCAGGGGCCCUCAGGAGGCUGCAGGGGCCCUCACCUGGCUGCAGGGGCCCUCAGCUGGCUGCAGGGGCCUAUAGCAGGCUGCAGGGGCCUUCACCUGGCUGCAGGGGCCUUUAGCAGGCUGCAGGGGCCCUCAGCAGGCUGCAGGGGCCCUCAGCAGGCUGCAGGGGCCUUCACCAGGCUGCAGGGGCCUUCACCUGGCUGCAGGGGCCUUCACCAGGCUGCAGGGGCCUUCACCUGGCUGCAGGGGCCUUCACCUGGCUGCAGGGGCCCUCAGCAGGCUGCAGGGGCCCUCACCUGGCUGCAGGGGCCCUCACCUGGCUGCAGGGGCCCUCACCUGGCUGCAGGGGCCUUCACUUGGCUGCAGGGGCCCUCACCUGGCUGCAGGGGCCCUCACCUGGCUGCAGGGGCCUUCACUUGGCUGCAGGGGCCUUUAGCAGGCUGCAGGGGCCCUCAGCAGGCUGCAGGGGCCCUCACCUGGCUGCAGGGGCCUUCAGCAGGCUGCAGGGGCCUUCAUCUGGCUGCAGGGGCCCUCACCAGGCUGCAGGGGCCCUCACCAGGCUGCAGGGGCCCUCACCAGGCUGCAGGGGCCUUCACCCCUCAGCAGGCUGCAGGGGCUUUGAUGAGACUCCCGAUGGUCACUAAAUCUGGACGUUCAAGCUGUUACACGCCGGUUUGCCCACACCGACCUCCACGGCGGCGCCGGUUCCUCCAUGUUUUUCCCGUUCGAUCCGUCAGAGCUGAAGCCACAGCCGCCACCGUGUCACUGCGUACCAAAUGAAAAAAACCAGGCUCCGGCGAGCGCGGGCGCCUGACCAAAACCCGGAGAAUGUGGUUUCUGAACUGAUCCCGGCAGCCCGGAGGACAGAUGUAGAAACUCGCUGCUGACAACGUUUACGGUUCCUGUUCUGUCUCCGGUGACGCCGGCGAGCGACGCUUGAGCCGUUUCAAAGCAGAGCGUCUGUCGGAGGCGGGAACGUUCUGAGGCCUGUGAAACUUUGCUUUAAGGUCUACCGCAUGUUGUAUUUAUAAAGGCUGGAUGUGGUGCCUGUUUUUCUUUCUCUCCUGAGUUUACAGAUGAAUUCUAUUUGCUUUUCUUGAACUCCACGGCUUUGCAUUGAGUCUUAGGACAGCCGCGUCACUCGUCUGUUUUCACUCUAAUGUAAACUAUCAGAUAUCACAAUAAAUUUUCAGUGGCA